ACCCCCGGCGCCCGAAGCCUUUCCGCGGAGGCGCGCCCGGCCCCGCCCCCCCCCCACCGUGGCGCGCGUGCCCGCGGGCUCCCUGGCAACCGCCGAAGGCUCGGCGAUGGCGGACGAUCUGGACGCGCUGUUAGACGAAGUGGAGACCAAGUUCUGCCGCCUACAGGCGCGGGGGGCGGCCGGGAAGCGGGACCGCGGCGGAGGCGAGGAGGCGGCCGGGGAGAGGGACAGAUCAGCUAAAAUACUAACAAAGGCUGUUGUUGAUGAAGAGAACAUAGAUGACAUAAUUAAAGAUAUCAUUGAUGAAAGCAGCUUUUCCAAAAAAACUGUGAAACUGAAAUAUAAAUCUGCAAGUCCCACAUCCGAAAGAAAUAGCGCUUCCAUUCAGGCUCAUGGUAAAAGCUGUUGUCCAGUGUAUCUUGGUGGAAGCUCUACACCAGGUGGUAUAGGAACAAAUAUUUCACAGAGAACAUGUGAUCAGCUACGGUGUACUGCCUGCGAUUUCCAUGUGUCUCAUUACAAUGACUAUCAGUGGGAUAAGUCAUGUGAUUAUCUCUUUUUCAGGAAUAACAUGCCUGAACUCAGUAAAUUAAGAGCAAAGAUGAUAAAGAAGAAGGGAUCACGGGCUUAUGCUUGUCAGUGCAGUUGGAGAUCCAUUGAUGAACUAACUGACCUCCGAAAAGACCGGCUGCUUCGUUGGGUCUGUGGUAAACAUGUAGAAUGAAGUCUUCUCACAUGUUUGGUAUGCGUUCCUAUGUGAAAACAGACUUUCAAGUCAAACUGACUUCCUUUUAGCAUGCAUUUCCCACUCCAUUUUCUGAGAACAGAAAGGAACCUGAACGUUUUAUCUAGAACUAGAUAGUGACACUGAAUUCAGAACUGAACAUUUUUCCUCUCACUGUAACAAUCUCAUGAAUUAAGGGAGUUCAUAGAGGAAACAGCCAGCUUUGAGGCCUUCUAUUCCUUAGAGUGCCAGCUACAGAUGACAUUAGAGCGUCAAUGAUAAAUGGGCUUGAUGCGCCCCUCCCCUCAUGCCAUUGGAGGGAGAAGAAGCCAAUGAAACCAAAUGGGGCACAGAAAAAGGGAAGAGCAAGAGCCCCUAGGUGCGGUCCCCUGAACCAGCAGAAGUCUUAUACAAGAUCUUUGACUCCAUGGAGAUGGGGAGCAGCCAUGCCCUGUGGCACUCUUUCAGAGCUGAGUGGCUAUCCGCAUUAGAACUAAUGCUCUUCCUCCCACUCUGUCUGUAGCCUUAUGCAGGGAUGGCCAGGUUUGCAGCUCAGGGAGUGAGUAGUAGUACAGAGCCAAAAGGACGAGGACAAGACCAGCUGUCACCACACAGGGCUUCACUUUCCUUUGCCCACAAAUCCUCAAGAGUGCAGAAUUUGGAGACUCCCAUCCAAACUCCUUAGUACUCACUACUCUUUGUUUUCCUCAAAGCCCUUUGUCCAGAGUAAGACGUUCUGUGAAGGCUCUGAGGUUUACCACUUAGUUUCUUUGCCUGGUCUCUCCUCGCUCUUUUGGUUGCACUGCAGGGAGGGGACAGUAUGGACCUGAAUUAUUUAACAAUAUUCAGUUCAAUUUUACAAGAUAAAUUGGGGAAAUUGUAGCUCUGCAACAGUUAACAAAGAUGCUCACAUUUAAGAGUGCAACAAGAUAUAUCCCAACUGUCCUUGUGUUUGCGUUUUUCAGUUAAAAGCUUCAUUUCAGAAAUACUACACACCCCAAAAGUGCGACUUGCAUAUAAAAUAUGCACAAGUAUUAUGUAUGGCUUGUUUUUUUUCAGCACUGGAAAUUACCAUAUUGAAAAAUGGACUAUAGUUCAAUUUCGGCAAAGGGGAUGGGAUCAUUUCAUAAUGAUGUAAAAGAAAAUGGAAUGAAAACACGGUACUGAAAAUAUUUUACUAUUCAAUAAAAUAGUAUUCUAAGGAUUCAUUCAGAGUUAAUUGAUGUAUGCAAUUUCAUGUAUACAAAGUGGUAACUGGUUUUUAAACACUUGUCAUACUUUAAUUACAUCAGGAGAAAUAUGAGGAGCAAUCUGCAGUAAGCAGAUGAAUGAAGCAACUCAAAGAUUGGAAAUUACUGUCAUUAGUUUCUUGGGGCGGUGGGGGUUGUAAUUAAGAAAUCCUCUUAACCAAUCUUAUAAAAAUUGUCAUAAAUCUAAAGUUCUGGAUGGGUGGUUCUAAUAAAUGGAAAUGUUCCCUUAGCAAGAAGAAUUUUCUUGGCUCUUCUGCUGAUGCAGUAUAGUUAUCUUCAUUUAACUACUAAAGACAGUCUUUUCACAUCCUUGGCCAAAUGGUCUCUGUGGUAUUUUGGUUGCAAAUAAAAUUUGGUAAGUUUUCUGCUGGUUGGCCCUGCUGUAGAUUUGAUCAUUCGGUCCUUAGAAAAAUUUCCUAAGAAAACUCGUAAUGAGUGUGUAUCAUCUGCAAGUUCACUGCUAUUGGUAUUUCAAGGCAAAGUUCCAGCUUUUAGAGAAUAUAGAACUGCAGGUUCCAGAACAUAGGCAAACCUAGAGAUCAGUUGAUGGACUAGUUCUGAAACAGCUGUUUGCAAGACAACUCUGCGUACCUGACAACCCAAUAUGAAGAGCUUCACCAUCCUCAGUUUGGAUUUGUAAGGGGUAAGUAUUCCUGGGUUUUCUUCAGAUGAGCUGAGUUGUUUACAGGCUCAGAGAAUGCUAGGUGGUAUUGGGGUAAGAAGACACCUACAAUCAGACCAUGAUUUAUUGAAGAGUUCUUUAGGAGAAGGAAACUUUCUUUGCUACUCAGUAUUUGGAAGGCACCUCUCCUAUAUGGAACCAAAUAUUCAAGACUUCUGUUUCUGAUAAUGAUAUGCAAGAUACACAGCUCUCAAGCUGACCUAGUAGUAGUGCUCGGGGAGAUGUGGGUUUGCUGACUGGUCGCUUGUUUCCAGAUUCAGCAACACCUGGCAGGGAGCUCUAUGGGUAUGUCUACACUACCCGCCAGAUUGGCGGGCAGCGAUCGAUCCAGCAGGGGUCGAUUUAUCGCGUCUAGUCUAGACGCGAUAAAUCCACCCACGAGCGCUCUCCCAUUGACUCCUGUACUCCACCACCGUGAGAGGCGCAGGCGGAGUUGACGGGGGAGCAGCAGCAAUCAACUCACUGCGGUGAAGACACCACGGUAAGUCAAUAUAACUAUGUCAAGUUCAGCUAAGUUAUUCACGUAGCUGAAGUUGCGUAACGUAGAUCGAUCCCCACCCCCAGUGUAGACCAGGGCUGUGAGUGAAGCUAAGCCAGUAAUGAACUGGGAACACCAGUCACUGCUUUCAGAGCUAGCAAGCAGAAACAAAGAAAAAUGAUGUGUUAAUUUAGAUGGAAAAAAUAGGCCUGAAGAGUCAAAGGUGCUAAUGAGACCCUGUCACUGUCCAAAAUUAUACGCUGUUAAAACAAGCUUUGGUACACAGAGACCUCAACCUGCUUCAGCCUAUGGCAAAUUCAUUACAAAUCCUCUUAACCUAAUAUUAAAGAUACAGAAAAGAAGGAAAAAAACAGUUUAAGCAUUUGAAACUUAAAGAAUUAAACAGGCUCUCAUUUUAACAACAUCCCUUGUUCCCUUUUCUUUAAUUAGAGAUAGUUAUUAAAAAGGAAAAAGCCCCUUGUGUGACUGUCUUUUAGAUUAUAUCAAAGGUGGUAAGAACUGUCCUUUUUGGGGAAAAGAGAAGUUAGUGGAGAUGGGCUGCAACUGUUGUGCAAACCCAAUCCUGUUUUGAAGACAAGCACCCAAAAAGGGAGAGAAAAAGACAGAAGAUGUAGCUUCUCUGGUGCUAACUUUUACUUGUUGCCUCAUUGCUUGAGAAACACAAACACAGCACACUGUCUUAUCAACCACUCUGAGACCUGGCAAACUUUUACCAGGAUCGGGCUGUUUAGGACAUUGCUUCUAGCUGCUAGCCUGAUCAAAGCCUUACAACAGUGUUGCAAAAUAUGUUGGUAGUCUUGGGCAGCUAAGCCAGACGUUUUACUAGGCAGGAACAAAGAAGAGAGAAGAAAUAAAGUGGAGAAGGAAAAGAACACAUGGGCGAGAGGGGAUAAACUCUCGUAUCCCAGUUGGUGGUUGAGUUUCAGCCAGAGCCAGUAGAUGGGGUGGUGUCAUCUGGGUCCCUCUCUCUGCCCUGGUCUAGUCAAGACAUCUCUUAGGAUCAGAAUGACAAAUGCCUGGGUCCCUAGCAAAUAGUGGGAUGGCAGACUCAGACUUUAAGAUCAGAAGGAGCCAUCAUGAUGCUCUAGUCUGAACUCUUGCACGUUGCAGGCCAUAGAAUAGUCACCCACCCACUUCUGUAAUAGACCCCCUAGCCUCUGAUGUGAAGGUGAAGCUUGCUCCUUCCUUUUCUCAUGUCUCACAGUCAGCCUGCUUCACAGUAAGCCAUCUUCCCCCCCGCCCCUGAAGUAGGUUUUUAGGUUUGGAGGUUUUUUGGGAGGACUCUGAAAGGGAAGUGAUGGGCAGAAUAGCCCAUCCUCUCAUUUUGUCCACCAGUUAGGCCUAAUUUCUAACACACCAGUUUUGGUUCAUUGCUUUCCAUCUCACACUGUUCUUGUUAACCAGGCAUGAUCUUCAUAUACGAUCUUUGAGUUAUAAGGCGUAAGCCUCUUCAUUUGAAUUAAUUCAGUGUGUCUUUUUUUGCACCUUUCCCCAUCAUCAUUUAUUAUUAUAAGUUAUUGUGACAUUUUAUGAACUUGCACUCAUUUUUCACAAUUGAGCUCACAAUUAGGGUAAAUCAGUAGGCCCAGUUAUUACAAGAGUGACUAACAAUGUAACUGGAAAGUGGAGGCUACAGAGGGGGAGAAAAAGGGGAAAAGGACAAAUGUGACUGAAUCCAAGAAGGAAGACUUUAAUCUGUGAAGGAUGAAUCUAUUUACAGUACGAAUCAGCUGUUCUCAUACGUCACCAUAGACUUCAUCCUCUUGCAAGCUAAAAACAUUGUGGAAAUGGUGUCUUAUUUCUGGGUGGAGGCAACUAUCAGCUAAUAGCACCAGCUAGUACCAGCAGGGAUAGGCUGCAAACAUACAAGAAAUAGUGAAAAUUCUAGAAUAUUGGGGCAGGGGUGGCCUCUUCUUGAAGAUGUGAUUAGAAGCCUGAAUACUCAAAUGAAAGAAUCCUACCAUUCAUAGUUUCUUCCUCAAGGAGUCUAGCUACCUGUCUGUGGCCCUGGUUAGAAUGGCAGAUAUAAGAGCUCAUCACAAGUGAAAUAUAGGUACAGUAUUUACAAAAAUAGUGUUAUUGCAUUUUGAUUUGUAUAAAUGUUUUUAUUUACAGUUACAACAUUUCAUGUCAUUUUAGAUUUGGGAAUAGUUA